UGCGGCUGGUAUUUAUUCAAUGUCAAAAUCCGCCAUUGAUAGUUGAACUGAUUUUCUCGUUGCCUGAUUCUGCAAAAUCCCCAGCAUUUUGCGGCCAAUUUAACGUAAAGUGCAAUAAACGGUUCUAAAGUGUAUCCCCCGGUUGGUGUUGGAAGGAAUAUGGUGCGUGGAAGAGGGUACUCAUCUAGAGGCAGCUCUUAUAGAGGCUCCAACAGAGGGAGUCCCUGGAACGGAGGUUACGGAAGAAGUUCUAGGGAGCACUAUUCGUAUGAUAACUAUGACAAGGGCAGAUUCAAUGAAAGGUACACCAGAGAGGAGUACCCUAAGCCAUAUCGCAUGGAUAGUUACUCGCGGGACAGACAUUCUCCGGAGAGAAAACGGCCCCGAAACGAUGGUCCAUCGAGACACGAAUACAGCAGUCGGUACGAAUCCUAUCCGCCAGAAAGAAGGAGCUAUUCCGAUGACCGAGAUAGGCAUCUCACAUCGCCCUACUCUUCGAGAAGGGAAGAUUAUCGCAAACCCGUUCCUUCUCCCUCAUCGCCGAGGGCUGGAGGCAGGGGCCGCCUAAGCUCACGUGGCACUCGCGGAUUUAGGCGAGAUAGAGGAGGAGUCCCAAUAAGACGAAGGUUGGCCGUGAGCUCAUACGUUAUUAAGAAACGGGGCGUGAUUAGAGGCGAUUAUCAUUCAAGGCGAUCUAAUUACGUGAGAGGCCGGAGCAGCAUGAUCCGACGCAUACGCGACAUUCUAAGCAGUGAGAAGGAGUCUGUUGAAGAUGAGGUAACGCUGAAGAUAAAGAAAGAACCCGAUGACAAAACUGCUGUACAGGAAGGCAUCGAAGUAAAGACCGAGCCUGUCGAAGGAGGGGACACUAAGGUGGAGAAACUAGCUGACACCGUCCUCAAAGGAAUCAAGUCUGAGGACAUAAGCAAAUCACCAACUAGAACGUACGUGAAGCUGCUAUGCCCACAGUGCAACAUUAACGUCCCGACUUUUAGUCGCUACGAAUCUCAUCUUCACGGCAAAACGCAUUUGUUUGCAAUGAGAAAAGUUGCGGCGAAGCAGCGUUCAAUUUUGACUCAGAUGCGGCAGGCUCAGCGCAAUUCGCAGAACGAGCUGGAGAAGACCGCCGACGGAAUAACCGAACACACGGUCUUUUGCCCAUUGUGUAAGCUGAACUACAAGCAGGAACGUGCCGUGCAUCAGGCCACGCCUGCCCAUAAAAACAUGAAAAAGUUCUUGUUACCCACCUGUAAAGUGUGCAAGAUUAACUUCAAAAGCCCCAUGGUGUAUGAGCAUCAUUUGUGCAGUGUUCCACAUUUGAAGCGCAAGCAAAAACUGGAAGAAACAGCCGAAGAAGUAGCUGAAGAGGACAAUCUGGAGGAAUUUACGACCAUUGAUUCGAUCGGAGAGGUUGGCGAUGAAAAUACUGCUUCGGCAGACGAAGCUGAGAGGGAAGAGCGCAGGAAGAGAGUAUGUGUGGGUGUGGAGAAAAUCAAGAAAAUUGAAGCCCAUUAUUGUGACCUGUGCCGCAUGUUCCUUCCAAGAGGAACAGAAAAUGAGUAUCCAGAUAUAUUGGCAGGACAUUGCCGGAAGCGAUUCCACAUGCAACGCUUCAUCCGAUUUAAGGAAACCCAGCAAGUGAAGAAAAAGGCCGAAAAGCUACAGCGCAAAGAGUCAGCUGAGAAAGAACAGAAAGACGAGAAUAGCGCUCAAAAAGACGGCGAAUCUGAUGCGACUGAACGGACGGAAACGAAGGAAGAAGAUAGCAAAGAUGCGGACACUUCCAAGAGUGCCGAUGAGGAUAAAUUGUGGGAAGCUGUUGAUAAAGAUUUGGGAGAACUGCUAGAAGAGACUGAUGGCAGAGAAGAUGACGAAGACGAAGAGCGAGCUAAUGGAGAGCGAUAUGACCGAUUUGGACGUGCGGAAAAAGAGAACGAAGAAGAUGAGGAAGAAGUCCCUGAAGCGGAGGCAGCUCCAGUAGAAAAAAAACCGGAGGAAAGCAAGAAUUAAGCAUUGGAUGUGACUCUCGAUUCUAUGGCGUGAUCGGUUACAUUCCGCAAAUUAAUGUUGGUUAAUUAGUGCUUUAAGAUUUGGUGGGGUUUGUCUCGUGAGUUUGAUAAUGUGUGAUGUAAUGCUUACAUAUUUCUUAUAACGCCAGCUAAUAAUAAAUCAUAAUUAGUA